GCAGAUGUCACCCUGGCCCGGCGUCCGGGGAGGUCGGAGACCCAAGACCAGGACCCUUCGGGGUGCGGCCGGACCGAGCUCCCAAAGCCCCCGACCCCCAGCCACGACCCCCCCCCCGUGGGGGGUCGGCGUCGCCACGGCCCUCCGCAAGCUUGGCGCGAUGGAACCCCCAGGAGGGGCAGUUACGGGGGAACCUGGCCUGUGCCUAAGGGCUGCACUCGGGUUCCAGGGCCGCCGGGGCAGAAUGUCACGAUGGACGAGGGGGGCACGCCCCUGCUCCCCGACAGCCUGGUCUACCAGAUCUUCCUGAGUCUGGGCCCCGCCGACGUGCUGGCCGCGGGGCUGGUGUGCCGGCAAUGGCAGGCGGUGUCCCGGGACGAGUUCCUGUGGCGGGAGCAGUUCUACCGCUACUACCAGGUGGCCCGCGAGGUGCCGCGGCACCCAGCGGCCACGUCCUGGUACGAGGAGUUCCGGCGGCUGUACGACAUGGUGCCCUGCGUGGAGGUGCAGACGCUCCGGGAGCACACGGACCAGGUCCUGCACCUGAGCUUCUCCCACUCGGGCUACCAGUUCGCGUCCUGCUCCAAGGACUGCACCGUGAAGAUCUGGAGCAACGACCUGACCAUCUCGCUGCUGCACAGCGCGGACAUGCGACCGUACAACUGGAGCUACACCCAGUUCUCCCAGUUCAACCAGGAUGAUUCACUGCUGCUGGCCUCGGGCGUGUUCCUGGGGCCCCACAACUCCUCCUCAGGCGAGAUCGCGGUCAUCAGCCUGGACACGUUCGCUCUGCUGUCGCGCGUGCGCAACAAGCCCUACGACGUGUUCGGCUGCUGGCUCACUGAGACCAGCCUGAUCUCAGGGAACCUGCACCGCAUCGGAGACAUCACCUCGUGCUCGGUGCUCUGGCUCAACAACGCCUUCCAGGACGUGGAGUCAGAGAACGUGAACGUGGUGAAGCGUCUCUUCAAGAUCCAGAACCUCAACGCCAGCACCAUCCGCACCGUGAUGGUGGCCGACUGCAGCCGCUUCGACAGCCCUGACCUCCUGCUGGACGCCGGCGGCCCUGCCGUGCGCCCCUGCAGCGUCUUGGACCUGGGCGGCGACGGCUCCAAGUGGGGCGCGGGCGGGGACUCGCCCUGA